CGCGGAAACCAUUCUCUUCGGAAACCAUUCUCUUCGUUGCCUCUUUCUGCGGCGCUGAGAGACGCAGCGGAGGGUAUCAGACUUCAGACUUCCCAGUCAACGCUGUCUUUUCAAUUAUUGUACUGAUAAGAAAUAGAAAUAAAAGACGAAAGCAGAUGCCGCGCGCUCGAGGUAGAUCUGGAGGGACGACAGCUAGCAGAAGGGGAGGCAGCACAAGGCAGCAAUCUGCACGGGCCCCCAGGCCAGUGGUGAUUAGUCUGGACGUUACCGACUCGAGCGACGAAGGCAGUGCAAGUGACUACACACCUUCGCCAAGUCCCGAGCGUCCAAGAGAAGAUGAGCAGCCACUGUUUACACCUAGCCCUCCUCGGGAGAAGCAAGUUAUCCGAGGCAUCAUGUCAGAUUCCGAUUCGGAUUGCGAGGAGGUCGUUCCAGUUGAGGCGACAUCUAGUGCAAAGAGACAAAAGAUAGAUGAUUCACCCAACAACUUUUAUGACGAUCCUAGUGGCGACCUUUUUGCAAUUGAUUUUAACUCUUGCCGUAAUAAUGCCAAGAAGGAUGCUAUGAAGGAAAUAAAGGAAAUGAUGGCUGUUGAAAAAGAAAACAAGGAGAAACUAAAUAAGGAAGUCGAAAGCGUAGAGCUAGCAGAUCUGUCCGAUUUGAUCAACGAAAAAGGUCAUGUUGAAGAUGAGGUCAUUGUAGUUGAGGAACCAAACAAUCAUAAAAUGAUGGAUGACUCACCAUCGCCCAUCCCAAAAUUGAAAGGGAAAAAACGAAAUAUACUCAAGAGAAAUCCAGAAACAAAGAAGGCCAUGAAAGAACUGAAGGCUUUAUCAGAUAUGGCAAAAAGAGAGAACAAAGACAGCAUGAACCAGAGUGGCAUGAGCGAUAUUUUGGUGGUGAGUGACGAUGAGAGCGACGACGUAAAUGCAGAAAUAAAUCUGCGUGUACGAUGGGGGCCUGAAUAUCUCCGUUUACCCAUUAAAUCGAUGCAGAAGUUUUCCCACAUAUACCAGGUACUUGCAGAAAGGUUUAAUGUUGGUGUUGGUCAGAUACUCCUCAGUCUCAAUGAUAAAAUCAUAAAUCCAGAGGUUUACCCAAAAGAGUUGGGACUUAAAGUUGCAGACAUCAUAGAGGGUGGAAUCCAGUCAAAAGAGUAUUCCAAAGGAGCAGAAUCUUCAGAGAACAGCGACCCUGGAAGCAUUCGGCUUAAAGUACAGAAUGCGGAUAAAAAGGGACAUGUUCACAUAUACAUAAAUCGAUAUGAUAAAAUGCAAGUGCUAAUGGAAAAAUACGCGAAAGAAAAGAAAGUCGAUGUUCGUACUCUAAAUUUCCACUUUGAUGGUGAGAAGUUGGAUCCCAGAGACACACCAGAUAACUUAGAUUUGGACGGAGAUGAAUGCAUUGAUGUUUACCAUAAUUAGUUUGUAUUUUAGUGUUAGUUUCAUCAUAUGCUAAUAGAAUUCCAUGUUUGGAGAAGUUUGAAUAGAUUUUUAUAUGUAUUUACACUAGCUUUCAUCUUUACCAUUUUCAUAAAAGGCAUAUCUGGUUAUGAUGAAUAUCAUUAUGCAUAUGAAGACUGUGUGUUAAUAUUUAUUACCUUUGCUAUAUUUAAAUUAUUUCUAAAGGUGAAAAUCUUUGUCUCUUUUUCCUCUUUUAGUUUCUAUAUGGGAGUUCUUUUAUCAGAGUAAUAUUGCAAGACAAUAAACAUAUGUACGUACGUACGGAUGUGUGUGUGUUCUCUCUCUCUCUCUCUCUCUCUCUGUGUGUGUGUGUGUGUGUGUGUGUGUGUGUGUGUGUGUGUG